UGCAGAUAUGCCUGAACCCAAAGCAGCACCAGCCCCCAAGAAGGGCUCUAAGAAAGCCGUUUCUAAGAGCCAAGCGAAAGGAGGAAAGAAACGCAGAAAGUCCAGGAAAGAAAGCUAUUCCAUUUACGUUUACAAAGUAUUGAAGCAAGUACACCCCGAUACGGGUAUUUCUUCUAAGGCGAUGGGAAUCAUGAACUCGUUUGUGAACGACAUUUUUGAGCGCAUCGCCGGGGAAGCUUCUCGUCUAGCGCAUUACAAUAAGCGGUCCACGAUUUCUUCUCGGGAGAUCCAAACUGCUGUGAGGCUUCUGCUGCCAGGAGAACUUGCUAAACAUGCCGUGUCCGAGGGUACUAAGGCAGUUACCAAGUACACCAGCUCUAAGUAAACCGAACUACUUGCUUGAACCC